ACCUGUGGCGCAGCGGCGGAGGAAGCGCCCGGAGGUUGGCGCAGACGGGUCGGCGCCCGGCGGCACCAUGACGGUGGGUGCGCGGCUGGGCGUCAAGGUGAGGGGCAGGUUCUCCCGCCGCGGGCCCGGCGACGAUCAGGUCUCCAUCCUGCCCGGCGAGGAGGAGGAGGCGGCGGCGGCGGCGGCUCCUGGGGGCAGCGCAGGGGUCCCGCAGGCGGUGGUGCUGGACGAGGAGGAGGGCACGGGCUCCAGGAAGGUGCGCUUCGCCGUCCUGCCCGGCUCCUACGAGCCGCUGCGCCCGCCGCGGGCCCCCGGCAAGCGGCCCUACGGGAAGAGGCUGAAGAAGUACGGGAAGAAUGUCGGCAAAGCUCUGCAGAAGGGAUGUCGCUACUUGGUGGUUGGCCUGCAAGGAUUAGCGGCAGCCUAUUCUGCUCCCUUCGGAGUGGCAACACAGGUGGCAAACUUCGUCCGCUAGCGCAGCUCCGUGCACCCCAUGGAGAGGGACAUGAGGCUACUGCAGCUUUCUCUGGAUUAAAUUUGAGACCUGCAUCCGAGAAACCUCUUGGACCAACAGUCCCAGCCCCACACCCCUGUGCCAGCCCCUUUUCCAAGACUGAGUGCUCUUCUCUGCAAAAACUUCCAGCGCUUUGUAAAAUCAGAUUGGGUCAAAGAAAUGCAAGGAUGAGGGAAAAAUCUUUGAUUAAUUGAGCAGGAGUUUGUUCUCAGACACGAGUUUGUUUUCUAGAGCUUCGUGCUGUGUGUGAAAGAGAGCCAAGGAAGAAUGGAAAAGCAAGUAGAUGAGGGAGAGAGAAACGAAAGAAAAUAGAGGAUGAGAGCAGCUGGGAAGGUGGAGAUGAGUUUGGGUAGGGACAGGAAUUGUCAAAGCAGUGGAGGAAACAGAUAACGAAGGUUUAGGAAAAGAUAGUAUUUGGGUUUCAGAGGUAUUUUUGUGAUUUGGUGGAGGUUUUUUCCCCUGGGAGGGUUAAGAUUGUGAGUAUACUUAAAAAUAUACUUGGAUGUAAAUGGACUGUGGCCUGAGACACGGAGAGCUUCAUUGCGUCUUGGUUGUUCAUUUCAAACGCUGGACAUAAUGAGCCUUUAAAUCUUAAGAAUGAUGUAAAAACCCAGAAAGAGAAUGAGUUUUGUAUGUCUUCUGAUUUUGGGGCAUCAAAGGUUCACUGUGAUCAACAUUUUAAACUUGUUCCUCUGCUACUACAAAAUCUGCAGAUGUUUUUUUACCAAGAACAGAGUUUGUAUCUGACAUACCCGAUUCUGGAAGCUGGGGCAUAAAAA